GGGAACAAGGUCGUGAAAACAAGGUCUUGAUGAGGUGCCGCCAUUUCAUCGGUCCCCCGUCUCUGCGCUUUUCGCAGAGCUUCCAGCAGCGCUAUGUUGGGCCACAGCAUCCGGAAGUUCACAACCUCUGUGGUCCAUAGGAGCCACUAUGAGGAGGGUCCUGGGAAGUAUUCGCCAUUUUCAGUGGAAAACAAGUGGGCGUUACUAGUUAAGAUGUGCUUGUACUUUGGAUCUGCAUUUGCUGCACCCUUCCUUAUAGUACAACACCAACUGCUUAAAUCAUAA